UUGGCUCUCCACCACCUACAUCAUCUUUCUGCACUUCAUUACCUUUUUGGUAUCCUUAAAGGCUCCCUCCCUGGCUCAUGAAUCGAAACCUUGAACCCUUACCAGAACCCUUUCUGCAGCUCAAAAAGACUGAAGUUUCUCUCUUACUUCAAUCCCAAAAAUGCCCAGAAAGCGACUGUCCAUUUUCCACAAGGUUUCAAAUCUUUUUAGAACCUCCGUUGUUGUUGCCAAAAUGAGGAAACCCAUCAUUUCAAAGCUCAUUUUCCUCAAGAAAUCAAGAAAGCUUAAAAGGUUCAAGCCGCUCAAGCAUCACAACUACGGAUUUCUUGAGGAAUAUGAGUUCUCUCCUUCAAGCACUCCUCUCAUUCAUUACCACGGGAAACAGUACAAAAGUAGAAGCUACAGGGAUAACUUAUAUUCCAUGUUCUUCCACUGUAGAUGUUUGGGUAGCCUGAAAGCUGGAGUAGGAGAAGUACUAGAGUAUAGAUUGUCAAUGGAUACUCUACCUGCUACAGUUGCUAAUGGGGAAUGUCUGGAGCCGUCGGAUUUGGUAGACGAGGAAGAUUCGGUUGAUCAGAGGGCCGAGAGGUUCAUUGAAAGGUUCUAUCAAGAAAUCAGAUUGCAGAGGCAGGAAUUAAUUUAGCAAUCACGUGAAUUUGUGUAGAGAUUUUUAUCUUAAUCUCUUAAUUUGAUUUGAUGGUAUCGUUUAAUGUUAUUGUUCUCCACGUGAAUUUUU